AUGAUCGCAUUUCAUCGCAUCAUGUUAUUAGUUUUACACUUUGUACUAUUGCUACCCGCUUUGUUGAGCACAGAUUCAGGAACGAAAAAUGAUGAAAUUGGCAACAGCCUGGAAGAAGCAGUAAUCAAGCAAGCUAAUGACUGCGAUACGUCGUACUUUUAUUGUAACCCGGAUGAAAUAAGUUUUAAUAUCGUAUUGCAUAAUAGGAAAGAUGAAGAAGAGGGCACUAGUGUAAAGAAUGAGGUCGUUAGCAUGCACGAUGUGAUUACUAAUGCAUUUAACAAAGAUAAAAGCGUAGAUGUUGAUAGAAACAAAAAGCGGAAAGAAAGGUGGUCCACUAUUAAUAAUUUGGUUG